AUGUUCCGAGAAGUUGCCCGAUACGUACGACAGUGCCCCACCUGCCAAGCUCACCAGGUCCUUCAGCGAAAACCGGCCAGUCACCAAAACGCGACCCCAGUGAACGCGCCUUGGCAGCAGAAUGGAAGACCGCAAGGAACGCGAACGCGAGUUAUUCGGGAGCGUGAUCUCGAGCUCCAGCGAAAACGAGAGGGACGAGGGGACGGCGUGGAAAAGACGGCCCAAGGAGCCCUCGCCACCAAGGGAGUGGAAAGUGCCCCGGCGGGGGACCACAAUCCAGAGGUCCGACGCCGACCAGCGGAGAAAGGCGAGCUUCCUCGCCCAGCUGCCCCCACCACCAACCCGGGGACGUCGGACCAGGAGGAAGCUCGCCCCGGGAUACGCCGCCGCAACCCCAUCCGCGCCCCCUUCGACGCCCCGCCCCCGCCCGCACCGCCAAGUGCCUCGCCUUCAAGGCCCAUUGCGGCCAUUACGCCGCAAGUCGCGCGGCCGACUGAACCGCCACCCGCGCCACCGCUCGCGCCGCCACCGGCGCUACCGACCGCGCCGUCGAUUGCGUCACCACCAGCGCCGCCGACCGUAUCACAGUUCGCGCCACCACCAGCGCCGCCGGGGAGUUUCCCCACUGAGCCGUGCGUCGGGCCCCGUUGCGCGUUGCCGCCCCUGAGCUACGAGGGUACCGACCACGCAGGGAUACCACGUUGCGGCACGACGAUUCUCUGGAAGGAUCACGCCGAGGGCACGCCACCGGGCUGUAGACCGGGGGAGCGGCCGUAUCAAUGCCAACCGCCCGCCAGCAAAAAUCGGUUCGGUCACGGCCUGGGCCAACCGGACCAGCCAAAACGGCAGGGCAAGAGAGAUCUCACCUGUGGAAAUCAACACGUGCUGAUCACGGGAAAAUUCGAGGGGUGA